AUGAGCGCAACGCAGCCGAAGAAGCGACCACGCUAUGCGGAACGUAUUGCGGAUGUAAAACCGAGUUUAUGGGUGGAAUUCACAGCAUUGGCAUCCGAGUGCAAAGCAGUGAAUAUUGGCCAGGUUUCCGAUUUUAUUUGCUAA